AUGCUGAAGACGGAGGCCUCGGGGGAGAGGAGCAGCCUCCGGAGUGCCUCCCCGCACCGCAAUGCCUACCGGGCCGAGUUUCAAGCCCUCAAGAAGGCCUUCGACCAGCCUCAAAUGGACGGAAACGCCAAACCGACAGACCUCGAACGGGGGAAGCAACCUAGGGGACGCCAAUACGGCGCCCACGUUAGCCGCAUCAAAGACAUGUUCAUGCAGAUGGGCUCGGAAAGUGGCAAAUCAAGGGGGCGAGAGGACCCUUCGCCACAAAAGAUGGUAAAACCGACCAAUUUUAUCAACAAAGCUGACGGAUCGGUGAUAAAACUCCAGCAUUCUUCCUCGGCCGAACGGGUAGGAGGCGCAGGAGCAAAGUUCUCGGAAACCAGGAAGCUUUUUGAACAGCAUUCGCGCGACCAGUCGCAAUCACCGGUGUACCCCUACGGACGUGAUAAACGGGGUUCGCACGAGCAUCUCGACGACUGGAGGGGCACGAGGUCCAACAGGGGUAGUACGGACUCUCUGGACUCACUCUGCUCUAGAACAGAAGCGUCUUCGCCGACCGUCAGCCAGCUGAGCGCCGUGUUUGAAAACGCCGACCAGCAGAACCAAGGUACGCCCUUCCGAGGAAUCGGAAGACGGGCUUUGUACUCACCCGACGGAUUCCAUCGCCAAGGAGAUCUCAGCGAGGACGACGCGCGACAAUCUCCGAUACGUGGGAGUUACCGCAACAGGAUCGGCGGGAAGUUCCCUUCGUCUUUAUCUGCUGAGGACCUACUGAAUCCAAGCUUGGUGGCCGAAACCUCGGCGCGGAAACUAAACCUACGAGACGAGGACUCGAAAGAUAACGCCAAUAAGAAGCAACUAUCUGACGCUACCACGAAUGGAAAUCAGGUCAACGGUUCCUGCGACGAGGACGAAAAACACUCGGCGACGAGGCAAUUCCUUAACGAGGAUAACCACGAAUCUGCAAACGAUAACGUGAUUACCGACAAACAUUUUGAGGACGCCGCCCUUAAACCACCUACUCCGACCACGGAACCCCAAGACGAUCCCGCCAGAGAGGACUCAUCUCCAGAUUCUCUCAAAGACCAACCCGACGAGGAAUACGCCGGAAACGAGCGUGUGAUUUUCAACGCGGACGGUGACGCGUGUUAUCAGGGUUGGGGCGAGAGUUGCACCGAUGCAGAGGACGAUCUCUACGAUGACGACGAAGAUAUCGUCUACGACCCCGGCUCCCAUACGACAGAGAUUCCCGGUCUGCCCGAGGAAAACGAGGAGGACGUUCCUGCGAGCAGAAAAAUUCGCUUUAGCUCUGCUCCUAUAACGGUAUUCAACACCUACUCCAACGAAGACUACGACCGCCGUAAUGAGGAAGUGGAUCCCGUGGCUUCGUCUGCAGAGUACGAGCUGGAGAAACGAGUGGAAAAACUCGAGCUCUUCCCUGUGGAGUUGGAGAAAGAUGAAGACGGUUUAGGGAUCAGCAUCAUCGGGAUGGGUGUCGGUGCUGAUGCAGGCCUGGAGAAAUUGGGCAUCUUUGUCAAAACAGUCAUUGAAGGUGGCGCGGCUGAAAGAGAUGGAAGGAUCAAAGUGAACGACCAGAUCGUGGAGGUGGACGGAACCAGCUUGGUGGGCGUCACGCAGAGUUUUGCCGCUUCUGUUCUCAGGAACACAUCAGGAGUUGUGCGGUUCGUCAUCGGCCGAGAGCGACCAGGUCAGCAGAGUGAGGUGGCCACGCUCAUCCAGCAGACCCUGGAGCAGGAGAAGCGACAGCGUGAACUCCUGGAGCAGCAGUACGCUCAGUACGACGCCGAUGACGAUGAGCAAACUGGCGAGUACGCUACUGACGAGGAGGAGGCAGGGCCCGCUGGGGCGAGCGAGGAGAAGAACAUCGAAGUGUUCGACCUGCCCGAAAACGAUGACGUCUUGUCGCCAUCGGAUUUAGAUACCACCAAACUGUACCAGAAAUUUAGAGAGCUCCAGAUCAAACACACUGUGACUGAGGCCGAGAUCCACAAGCUGAAAAACAAGCUGGCUUCCGUGGAAAGGGAGAAGCAACGUUGGGAGAAGGAGAAGACCCAGCUGAAGGCCAGCAUCGAGGACAACAAGGAAAGGAUGCUAAAGCUGGAGAGCUAUUGGAUCGAAGCGCAGACCUUGUGUCACACGGUCAACGAACACCUGAAGGAGGCUCAGGCGCAGUAUCAGACGUUGGAGAAGAAGUACAACAAAGCCAAGAAACUUAUCAAAGAUUUCCAGCAAAAGGAGGUGGAGUUCAUCCAGAAGGAGGACGCAGAAAGAAAGCGGCUCGAGGAGGCUGAGAAAUCUCACCUGGCUGAAAUCCAGGGACUGCAAGUCAGGAUUGCAACACUGGAGUCAGAGCUGAUGCAGCUGAUGAAGCAAAACAACAUCCAGGUCAACAACAAUAAUAGCAACAGUGCCGAGAGGCCGCGCACUCCUCAGCAAAGCCCAAAUAAAGUCGCAGCACAAGGCAGAGAACUGAGGAAAGGCUCCCCCUAUUCACCCAGCAAAGUAAAAAGCUCCAGAACAGACAGCGUCAGCUCCGCCGAGGGAGAGGUCUCAGAGGGGCGUUGCAGUCCAGGUCACAGUCGUUCUGGAUCCAUUCGUAGUGUUGCUUCUUAUGACGCAGUCCCAAGGGGUCUGGCCAGUGCAGAAGGAUCCCCAAGACGCAUAAAAGAAGGUUCUUCUGCGACGUCAAGCCCUUCUCGGCAUGCGGAGGACCAGAGACAAGCCCAUGAGUCUUCGUGCACAGAGAACGUGGCAGCGGACAGCCCUCGAAAAUUCAAGGCAAAAUUUCUCGAGGGACCAGCGUUAAGCGAGGACUUGAGCGCUAGCAGCAGCAGCUCUGCGGAUAUCGGCGACGGAAAAACGUUGGGACGCUCUGAUAGCUUGGCGCUUUCUUCGGAUGAGAGUUUGGAUAUGGUAGACGAUGAGAUCCUCGAAGAAAGCUGGAUUACAAAGCAGCACCCAUGUCAGAACCGCGGUGCACUCGAAUGGAGCUCUCAGCAAGUGUCCCGCUGGCUUGUAGGCCUCAAUUUAGAACAGUAUAUUCCUGAAUUCACUGCCAAAAACAUAGACGGGGAACGACUGCUGCGACUAGAUAGCACUGAACUCAAGUCCCUUGGCGUCACUUCUUCCCAGGACCGAACCCUAAUCAAGAAAAAAAUUAAAGACCUUAAAGUUCUGAUGGAGAAGGCUAAGAGGAACCAGGAGAAAAUGGAGAAACAACGUGAGAAGCUCCGGAAAAAAGAAAUGGAGCAACAGCAGAAAGAAUCACGAUAG